AAGCAGAGAUAUCACUCUGUCCUCGUCUCUGAGAAACCUCACUCAUCUGAUCCCAGCAGUGGUGCUAUUACAAUGUCUUCUGCGCUGAUUGCUUUGCCCUCAGCGGCUCCGGCCAAAUCUCCAAAGAAGAGAGCCAAGUCUCAGAGGAAGAAGACAGGUCCCACAGUGUCAGACCUGAUACUGAGGGCCAUGUCUGCAUCCACAGAGCGCGGUGGCACAUCCCUGGCAGCCCUGAAGAAGUCUCUAAAGGCCGGAGGAUACGACGUGGUGAAGAACAAAGCCAGAAUACUCAUCGCCAUCAGACGCUUGUUGGCCAACAAAUCCCUGGUCCAGACCAAAGGCACCGGGGCCUCCGGCUCCUUCAAGCUGAACAAGAAGCCGCCCACACCUCGAAAGAAGAAGGUGGUGAAAAAGAAGAAGCCGGUGAAAAAGGUAAAGAAGACCAGAGCCAAGAAAGCAGCCGCAGGUGGCACUCCAGCAGCCAAGAAGUCACCUAAGAAGAAGAGGAAGGCAAAGAGUCCUAAGAAAGCCAAGAGGCCCGCGGCAGCCAGGAAGCCCAAGAAGGCGAAGAGUCCCAAGAAGGCAAAGCGCAAGGUCACCAAGUCAACCAGGACCAGGGCUGCUGCCAAGAAGUGAACUUCUCCCUCUGAACACUGAAUGCCGAACAAAAGUGUUUCUAGUGGCAUUUAACUCUUGUGUGGACUAAACUUCUGCAUUCAUUCCAAGAACUUGAGUUUGCUUGAGCUAUUUUACAGCUUUUCUAUAGUAGAAAAUACUGAACCUGCUGUGAACCUUUUCUUACCACAAUCUGCUGUGGCCUGCAAUGAAUUGAAUCGCUGUUGUUGGAAAUAAUAAACCUAUUACUUUUUUUUUUAA